CGAGAAUAUAUAUGACCAUGUACCAACUGGAGUCUUCUGUUCUUUCUUUCUGACCGCCAUCAUGCCAGAGCUUGAGAAGGCGGAGCAGGAUAACCGACGCGUCCAAGCAGGCCCUUCGAGCUCCAAGUUCAGGCCUCUCUUCCCGAAUGUCGCUGUCGUCAUCCUUGUCUUUGGCUAUCUUAGCUUUCGUACCUUCUCUGCAUUGAAGCAGAAUUUCGUCGAAAAUUCCAACUCAUACGCUCUGUGCUCGCCAAGCGGAACUGCCAAAAUUUACACGGUUGAUGCUGACAACAGCGUCGUGGAAUGUGCGUACGUGAAUGGAGAGAGGUUUGCUGACGUUGGAACCCUAACUGAUAUUUAUGAGAAACAUUCUGGGCUACUGAAGCCUCUCAAUGUCCGACAUAUCCCCGAGGGUACAGUGGUGAUACCUGGCAUGACAGACUCCCACGUCCACGGGCUUCAUUAUGGCCUGCUUAAGCAGCUGCCUUUGGGUGGAACAACGACGGUAGAAGAGACGCUGAAGAAAGUCCGAGCAUUCGUUGAGAGCGAUCCCGACAUUCUCAACGACAAGUCGUUCUACAUCAUGGGAUUUGGAUGGGAUCAUACCAAGUGGGCGAAUGGAGACCGAUGGCCUACAUCCGCCGAUAUGGCAGAGGAUGAUGUCCUCAAGGACAGGCUCAUUGCUCUACAAAGUCACGAUGCCCACGCGUUCUGGGUUUCUCCCGCAGUACUAGCUUCGAUGGAUGUACCUGAUCAUGUUGAAGGCGGUAUAAUCCAACGAUACCCAGAUGGGAGCCCUACCGGUGUCUUCAUGGAUAACGCGAGAGAUAUAAUAGGGAUUCCAACUCCGAGUGAUGAAUCCUUGAUCAAGCGUUGGUCGUAUACGGUAGAGGAUUGCUUGGCAAACGGGUUCACAGGUGUGCAUGAUGCGUUGCUUCAUCCCGACACGAUCGAUUUCUUCCACAAACAAGCUGAGAAGAAUGCGAUCGGCCUCCGUGUCUACGGCAUGAGGGAGUUCGACCUCGGCACCACUGGUUAUUGGGGGAAUACUAGUGACAAGAUAUUCAACGCUGGAAACGAUAGGUUCACCGUGCGCAGCGUGAAAAUUGUCGCAGAUGGUGCAUUAAGAUCCGGUGGGGCAGCAUUAUACGAGCCCUACACGGACAACCCAUCAUCUCGAGGUUUCUUCCGUGUCGGACCGGAAAUUCUAAACGAGUAUAUUCCCAGGUUCAUCGCUGAUGGAUGGCAAACGAACGUGCAUGCCAUCGGAGACCGGACCAAUGGUGCAGUCUUAGACGCUUUUGAGAAGGCGCUGAAGAAUAUCGACGUUAACGGGAUUCGGCCGCGGAUUGAACAUGCUCAGAUCAUGAAGCCGUCCGACAGCGCUCGGUUGGGUAAACUUGGAGUGAUCUCGAGUGUACAACUCUCGCAUGUCACAAGCGACAUGUGGUAUGCAGAGGAUCGCUUGGGCGACCGAGUCGACACUCUAUACCCUUUCCAGUCCCUCCUCAAAUCGGGUUCGCGCAUGACCCUGGGAUCUGAUUUCCCAGUCGAGGAAAUGUCUCCCUUCUAUGGCAUGUAUUCCGGUAUUACGCGCCUCUCGCUCGACGGCACCUCGCCCAAAGGACCAGAGGGUUUCUUCCCAGAGCAGCGAAUCUCGCGUCUUGAUGCCCUUAGAGGGUACACUAUCAAUCCAGCCUAUGCAUCGUUCAUGGAAGAUGUGGUCGGAAGUAUAGAGAAGGGAAAGAGAGCGGAUUAUGUGGUAUUGGAUAGAGACAUGAUGAGAGUUUCGGAUAGAGAGGUGGCGGAUGUGAAGGUGCUGGCGACGGUAAUGGAUGGCGAGGUCGUUUACGGAUCGCUUUGACCACACUACUAUAAUUAGUUCUCAAACAAUUCAAAGCACUCCUGUUA